UGAUCUUAGGUAAUACAGUAUGUCAUUCCCCAACUCACACACAUAAAUGCAGCUUUGAAGAAGCACGUGAUGAGGCUUUUUUUUUUUCUGGGUGGACCAAAAGAUGCGGGUCUUAUAUUUUGUGGUGCCAAAAACACUGUCAGUUUGAUAAACUCUGCCACUGAUAACUCUCUCACUCACAGAUUUUUGUCAUCUCUUUUAGAAGAUGUUUCCACAAACUUCGCUGGCUCUGAACUUGUUGUUGUUUCUCGCUGUGCAGAUAUUGAGCACUGGAGACUGCUGGACGGGUUCAAAGAAGCAGCGUCAGAAGAGGGAAUGGGUCGUUCCUCCCAUACGGUUUAAAGAAAAUGUAGACUACAGUCAUCUGCCCUAUGUUGGCAAGAUCCGAUCAGACAAUGAUGAGACCAUGAAGCUACACUACACUCUAAGGGGACCAGGGGCCGACCAGCCACCUGUUGGUUACUUUGUAGUAGACACAUACAAAGGACUGGUUCACAUUACACGGCCCCUGGAUCGUGAGGAGAGACAAUACUACACUCUUAUUGGCACUGCAUGGUAUUCUAACAAAACCAUAGCUGAAGAUAAUAUUAAAAUCAACGUUGUUGUGGAGGACCAGAAUGAUAACCCACCAGUUUUCAUCAAGCCAGACCGAAGCAGCAUUUAUGAGGGGAGCCCAGUUGCUACCUUUGUAACACAAGUUGUGGCCAAAGAUGCAGAUGAGCCGAACACUCCUCACACUGAGAUAGCGUACAGCUUGAUCCAGCAAGAGCCAAAUGAUGGCACGCUUUUCUUUGCUGUUCACAAAAACAAUGGAACAAUCUAUGUGAACAGCUCAACACUUGACAGAGAGUAA